UCAUAUUAUAAGGCAGAAUGGUGAUUAUCCAAUUUAAUAAUUUUCCGCGCCCAUGAUAUAUCAAAAUCAAAAUACAAAAUCCUCGCAAACCGCUACUAUUCGCCGGCAGGAAUCUUCCUCCGGCAACUAUGGCAGAUGACGACCAGAGAACUUUAGAUCUAGUGAAAGAGCUAGUCCACCGUUUACUCUGCACCUCAUUGCAGCCUGCCACUACUUCAGCCUCUAACCCUAACCCUAGCCCAUCCGAGCAGCAGUACCAGCAAGCUCUGAAGUACGCCAUUCGCAUCCUCUCCUGCCGCAUGACUCCCAAAAUUGCUGCAGAUGAGGCGGCCAUGGCCGAGUCCAUUAAGCGCCAAUUGGCCACUCAAGGUAAGUCCUCCGAAGCCCUCACUUUUGCCGAUCUCUUUGCGAAAUUCUCCUCCAAAACUGGCCCUGGAAGUGUUAAGAACAAGUGGGCCCUUCUCUAUUUGAUCAAAACCAUCUCCGAGGAUAGAGUAGCACGAAAGAGUCAGCCCCUAUGCGGGGUUUCAAUUGGGGCCUUCAGCUCAGCCGUGACUGGUGGACUACCUGUGUUGUCUGACGGACACUCAAAUUUCAACUCUCGACAUGUAAAUUCCGCUUCUAACUCUGUGAGCACAUUGGGUUAUCCUAAAUCAUUGAGGGAUUUGGAUGUAAAUUCGGGAUAUUCAAUCAGUGCAGGAAAGGCAGAGAAGAAUUCUACUCAUGGUCCACCAUGUGAGGAUUAUCGGAAUUCAAGGAGCAUGAGGGGAAGAGAUAACACGGAGAAGGGUUGGCAUGGAGGGGUGUUGAUGGUUUCAAAAGAUCCAGAGAAUUUGCGUGAUAUGGCUUAUCGCGAAUUCACAAACUUGUUGAAGGAAGAGAAUGAGGUUUCAGAGGAGGUUUUGGUCCGUGAUGUCUUGUAUGCUUGUCAAGGUAUAGAUGGUAAGUAUGUGAAGUUUGAUAUGAACGAGGACGGCUAUGUUCUUCCAGAUUUGGUAAAAGCUCCAAGGGCGACUAGAACCAUGAUUAGAAAGCUCUGUGAGCUUGGGUGGCUUUUCAAGAAAGUCAACAAGUAUAGUUCAGAAAGCAUGGAUAGAUUCCCUGCAGAUGAUAUAGGCACCGUGGGACAAGCUUUUUGUGCAGUCUUACAAGAUGAGCUAUCCGAUUAUUUCAAGCUAUUGUCAGUUCUUGAAGCUCAAUCAAUGAAUCCCAUCCCUUUAGUUUCAGAAAAUGCAACUUCAGGCAAUUACCUCUCCUUAAGAAGACUCUCUGUUUGGUUUGCCGAACCAAUAGUAAAGAUGAGAUUAAUGGCUGUCUUGGUCGACAACUGCAAAGUUUUGAAAGGUGGAUCAAUGGCUGGGGCGAUCCACAUUCACGCUCAGCAUGGGGACCCACUUGUGAAGGAUUUCAUGAAGAGAUUGCUCCACAGGGUUUGUUCCCCUCUUUUUGAGAUGGUAAGGAGAUGGGUUCUCGAAGGAGAGCUCGAAGAUUUAUUUUCGGAGUUUUUCAUCGUUAGUCAACCAGUGAAAGCAGAGUCACUAUGGAGGGAAGGUUACCGCCUUCACUCUGCAAUGCUUCCUUCUUUUAUCUCACAGACCCUCGCACAACAGAUUCUAAGGACAGGAAAGUCAAUAAAUUUUCUCCGCGUUUGUUGUGAGGAUAGAGGUUGGGCUGAAGCAGCAACAGAAGCUGCCACAGCUGCAGGGACCACAACCUCUAGGGGCAAUCUAAGGUAUGGUGAGACAGACGCGCUUGAGUCGCUGGUCACUGAAGCAGCAAAAAGAAUAGACACACAUUUACUUGACGUAAUGCAUAACAGGUAUAAGUUCAAGGAACACUGUUUUGCUAUAAAGCGCUAUCUGCUUCUUGGGCAGGGUGACUUUGUCCAGUAUCUAAUGGACAUUGUGGGACCUGAUCUAUCCCAACCAGCCAACACAAUUAGUUCUUUCAAGCUUGCCGGUUUAUUGGAAAGUGCAAUCAGAUCGUCCAAUGCGCAGUAUGAUGAUCCGGAUAUACUGGUUAGAUUGAGGGUCAAGAUGUUGCCACAUAACUCUGGUGACAGAGGUUGGGAUGUUUUUUCCUUGGAAUACGAUGCCCGGGUCCCACUAAACACCAUUCUGACAGAGUCUGUUAUGGCAAGGUAUUUAAAAAUCUUUAAUUUCUUGUGGAGGCUCAAAAGGGUGGAGCAUGCACUUACGGCUGCCUGGAAGACAAUGAAACCAAAUUGCGGAACUCAUUCUUUCUCUAAUAAUAAUAAGUUGCCACAUGAUGUGAAGCUGCAUUUGGAUUUGACAUCUAGGAAGUGUCAAGUUUUGUGGAAUGAGAUGAACCAUUUUGUGUCUAAUUUGCAGUACUACAUCAUGUUUGAGGUUCUUGAGGUGUCUUGGUCUAACUUAAUUGUCGAGAUGGAGUUGGCCAAAGACCUCGAUGACCUGCUUGCUGCACAUGAAAACUAUUUGUUUUCAAUUGUUGAAAAAUCUAUGCUGGGGGAACGGUCCCAAGCUCUUAAUAAGACUCUGUUUGUGUUGCUUGACUUCAUAUUACAAUUCCAGAGUCACGUCGAUAGAUUAUAUGAAGGCAUCAACGAGUUCCAAUCUAGAACUGUUGAAUCAUCAAUGAUACCUAAGGACAGAGUCAAAACACUAGGAAAGUCUAAAUCUUCUUCAGAUCCAGGUGGUGGUGGUUCAUGGCUUGGGGAGGGUAGGAAGGCUCUAACUCAACGGGCUGGUGAAUUUCUUCAAAAAACAGGAAAAGUUAUCGACAUGACUUCAAAGGAAUAUUCAUCCCUUCUAGAAGGGUUCAUUUCACAAUUGCCUGUGCAACAACACAUUGAUUUGAAGUUUCUUAUAUUCAGACUUCACUUCACAGAGUUUUACAGUCAUCUUCGUGGCAAUAUGGGUGGGAAGCUUAUAUAGAUUUGUCAUGAAAGUACAGAACGUUCACACUGGCAUUUAACCACUUCAGAAUUUCUUCACUUUCAUCAACAAGCUAAAGUGAGGAUUUGAGUUUUAUUUACUGUGUGGCGAGUUCCUUUUGGCAGUGUUAUGUAUUGUUUUUUAUUCAAUUGCUUUUUAUUAGAUCACGUUUUAUUCAUUUAGUAAAAGCUGUGGUUUAUUUGUAACAUAUUUUUGUUUAGCCCAAGGUAAGUCACUUCUGCAAUUCUGCUUGGCCUGAUGAUGAGAAAGGAAAAAUGUUUUAUAUUGAGAGGCAUUCUCUUGCCUAAAGUCUGGACUAUUGUAUGUGUGCACUAGUGAAUAUUCUUUACAGCAACUCCUUUAACAUGGAAACGUAGAUAUCAAAG